CUGGGACUGCUGCAACCCUUUAUCAGUUCCUGAGAGAAAACUGUAACUCAUCUAUAAAUGCAGAUCUGAGCACGUUUCCAGCAUGUUCAGUGCCUGGUAUUCCAGGUGUGAAGAAAUGGUAUUUUGCAAGUCAUGUUAUAUGCGGUUAUUAUCAAUUCUGCAGUUCUGACUGGGAGGAAAUAAAUUCUGACACACAGAAAAAUGAAGACUCUCUCCAAACAAGUAUUGAUGAAUGCCUGGGAGCCAUACAAAAUUUUGAAGAAGAUGACAAUAACAGUAGAGAGUCACUGUCUAUGAUUGAUAUCUAUGAUGAAGCUGCAGAAAGUCUGCAUCAGUUAGCUGAUAAACUGCCUGCCCCAGGCAGAGCCAUGGUUGAUGUCGUACUGCAGGCUGUUGAACGAGAUGGACCCAAGUUAAAAGACUGCUUACCUGCUAUCGGUGCCCUGAAACACCUGAGAGAAUGGCACUCUGCACAAAUCACCAUUGCAGGGAAUGACUCGAAAGGUAGCUGGCAAAAGAUUGCAGACUAUCUAUCAGCAGACUUUGUAUCUUCAGAUAAUAUCGUGAAUAUUAUAGAUGUAAAAGAACUCUGGAGAGGAAAGAUUCAGAUAUGGGAAAGAAAGUUUGGAUCAGAAGUUAGAUUUCCAGAAUUUUGUAUGAAGAGCACUUCAGCAAAGAAAUUCAGCACUUCACAUUUAAGUUCUUUUUUUGCUGUUAAAGAGGAGCAACAAUCAAGGAUCACUGAUGCUUUGCCAGAGGUUUUUCAUUACUAUGGUUCUGCACUAGAAUUUUUACAGUUGGUGGUGCUCUCUGAUCUACCUUCUUUUUUUAUAUCAGAUCUGGAAUUUGAGCUGAGCCUGGCAAGAAAGAGUAUCAAGGAGCCAUCUACACUGCUUCUGGACCAGAUUUCUUCUCUCUCUGGGAAGGUGGGAGCUUUAUUUACAUUGCCAUGUAAUGUCAGCAGUGUAGCGAUUCCAUCCCCUGCCCAGCUGAGUACCAAGAAAUGGAAGGAAUAUAUGGCUAGGAAACCCAAGGUCAUUACUGUUCCAGAAUUUGAACUGAAGGGAGAAUCUUGCCGGUAUUAUUUCUUGCUCCAAGGCAAUGGCUCUGGAGGAUGUAAAGCAACCUUGAUUCAUUCAGCUAGCCAGAUCAAUGGUACAGCUACUCUUGCUGCAGUAAAUGGAAAGCUAAAGACAAAAGCAGAAGAAACAGAGUCAAGUUUUUGUAUGGCUGAGUUUAUCAAGCUUCUGCCACAUUUUUGUGGGGAGGAGAUUGUACAGAGAGAAAAGAAACUGUCUCGUCUCCAAGUGUUUGCCUUGAAGGAAUAUCUCAAGAGAAAGGAAUUGAUUGAGCAACCUCCAGUUAUUUCUGCUGAUGAAUUUAAAAAUUUGUUACAACUUACAAGAGAAUGUAUUUUGGACCUGGGCAACACUGGUUUUCCUAAGCCUGUUCUACAGAGGGUUGCCAAUAACACUAGGUCAUGCACUGUGACUUCUGAAUCUGAUUUAAUGGAGUCGAAUCCAUUGGAGUGGCCAGAAAGCCAUGUUCUUCAGAAUCUGGAAAACUUUGAAAAAAACAAACAAAAAAUGAGAGUUUCUGUGUUCACACGUUCAUCUGAGCAAUUGCUGGGGCAUAAAGAUAGCCAACGGGAGUCACUGACGUUGCUGGAUGCUAAAGAAUUACUGAAAUAUUUCACACCAGAAGGGCUGCCAGUUGGUGAUCUUCAGCCACUACAAAUCCCCAAACGUGAAAAUGCAUUCUUUUUGACACCAGAGCUCACUCCUCGGAAACUCAGAGGUUUGCCUUUUGAAAAAGCAGCUGGAUGCCAUUAUCACGGACUUGAGUAUUGUCUAGAUAACAGAAGAGCCUUAGAGAGAGAUGUGGGAUAUGCUGAACUUCAAACUCGUCUUAUUCGCUAUGAAACUCAGACUACUUGCACCAAAGAGUGCUGCCCUGUGCCAGUUGGCUUGAGCCCUCUCCCAUCUCCCGCAGUCUUGUCAGAGCCUGGAAGUGUCCCUGAUGGAGAGUCUUUACAAAGUGAAUUCAAAACAGAGGCAUCAAGGCUAAAGCGCAGAUCAAAAGACUUGGAUUCCUUUUAUCCCAAUAAAAGGCUAACCAAAUCUGAGAGUACAGAUUCUCUCCUCUCUCAGGCAAGCAGCAGUAGUGGGAGUCACUAUCCGGUUGCCGUAACGAGGAAGCGCUCUGAGCGAUCACUUUCUUUAGCUUCAGUGCCAUUGAAGCAGCCUGGUCAGCCAGGCCAAGUAACCACUACGGGCGGCUCAGCGAGUCGCGUAAGUGCCGCUGAAUCUGAGACUUCAAAGCCAGCUAAGGAAUCGAGAUCUCAGAAGCAUACAAGGAUGCUGAAGGAGGUGGUUGCUAAGACUCUUCAAAAACAUGGAAUUGCAGAGGAUCACAGCUGCUUUGCAUCAUGCAGCCAGCGUCUAUUUGAGAUAUCAAAGUUCUACUUAAAGGAUCUUAAAACUUCUAGAGGACUUCUUGAUGAAAUGAAGAAAACGGCGAAUAACAAUGCUAAACAGGUGAUUGAAUGGGUUUUGGAGAAGUCUGGCAAGUAG